GCUGGCAUAUACACUUUGGGGUUGUUGGAGAACUAGGUGUCAAGAUGACUGAGCGCUUUGACUGCGACCAUUGUAAUGAAUCUCUCUUUGGCAAGAAGUACAUUUUAAAGGAGGAGAACCCCUACUGUGUGAAGUGCUUUGAGACCCUCUUUGCCAACAACUGCGAGGAGUGCAAAAAGCCUAUUGGCUGUGACUGCAAGGACUUGUCUUACAAGGACCGGCACUGGCAUGAGACCUGUUUCCACUGCUCACAAUGCAAGAACUCGCUGGUGGACAAGCCCUUUGCCGCCAAGGAGGACCAGCUGCUCUGUACAGAGUGCUACUCCAAUGAGUACUCUUCCAAGUGCCAUGAGUGCAAGAAGAACAUCAUGCCAGGUACUCGCAAGAUGGAGUAUAAGGGCAGCAGCUGGCAUGAGACCUGCUUCAUCUGCCACCGCUGCCAACAGCCAAUCGGAACCAAGAGUUUCAUCCCUAAAGACAACCAGAAUUUCUGUGUGCCCUGCUAUGAGAAACAAUAUGCCAUGCAGUGUGUUCAGUGCAAAAAGCCCAUCACCACUGGAGGAGUCACCUAUCGGGAGCAGCCCUGGCACAAGGAGUGCUUUGUGUGCACCGCCUGCAAGAAGCAGCUGUCGGGGCAGCGUUUCACGUCUCGGGAUGAGUUUGCCUACUGCCUGAAUUGCUUCUGUGACUUAUAUGCCAAGAAGUGUGCUGGGUGUACCAACCCAAUUAGUGGAAUCGGAGGCACAAAGUACAUCUCCUUUGAAGAACGGCAGUGGCACAAUGACUGCUUUAACUGCAAGAAGUGCUCCCUGUCAUUGGUGGGGCGAGGUUUCCUCACAGAGAGGGACGAUAUCCUGUGCCCUGACUGUGGAAAAGAUAUCUGAAGGAGAGAUGGAGAAGUUACUGCUUG